CUUUAAACAACAUGGCGGCGAAAACAAACAACAUGUGCCAAGGGGAUUUUAAAAACGUUAAAGCUUGAAGAUAAAGUCAUUCAGAUAAGGCGAUGGCUGAGCUUGGAAUGGUUAAUGUAUCAAUGGAGUUUGACAGUCAGGAAGAGAGGGAGGAACACCCAUGUGAUAUAUGCCAUGUAUCCUACACAACAGAUGUGGAACUGAGAGAUCAUCACUGGUCUUUAAUGCAUCAUAUUAAGAUGGAAAAACAGAAAAAGGGUAGUGUUCACAACUGCACUCUGUGUUUCAUGACGUGUGCCAACAUCAUAGAAUACGGCAAGCAUCUGAACGAGGAGAAACACAAGCGGGCAAUUGAGGACAGCCGGCGACAGCGGGAGGAGGAGGACCUGUUGAUGGGGAGGGACGUCCUGAUGGCCCGCAUCAGGGAGAAAGAAGAAAGGGAGAGGAAAAAAUAUCAGAACAAACAGAUAAACAAUGAAGAAAAGAAGAAUGGGGACAAUAAUUUGUCAGAUCCUGAAGCAAAAAAGAACAAACAUGUUGGCAAACGUCGAAGUGAAAGACUUAACAACCGAAAUAAUGGGACUGGUCACCAGAGGUCCUUCUCUCUCCCGGGACGGAAUCCUGGGCAACAGUACAGACACCCACCCUGGGAGCACCAGGCACACAAUGAUGAUUUUCAUGUAGACCGAACAGGAAGUAACUUUGUGGAGCCCUCUAGGGGCCAGUGGAAUGGAGGCUAUGGCAAUUACCAAGAGAAUCAGUGGAAUCGGAAUAUGGGCUUCCAAAAGUUUGGAGCACACGCUCCAAAUCAGAAUUUCCACCAACCUUAUCAUGAUAAUGGAGCAUACAAUAUGCAUGGUCAGUAUGAAAGUAAUGGCUGGACUAUAGACAGAAGAGGAAUGAGAGAUGAUAGGGGACAAGGCCACUACAGGAAUCAAUAUAAUGAUGAUUUCUAUACUGACCCAAACUCUCCCUAUGUGUUGGAGAAUUCUGGAUUUCCUGAAAGGAGUUGGCAGUAUGGAGAGCCAUCUGGGAGAUACCAAGACAAUCACUCAGGGAGAGGAAGAAAUCCCAACAGAUGGAGUAGAAAUAAUUCACCAAGGGAAGAUACUAGAACUCAUGGCUUCAGAAAUGGAAAUGUUAGGAAUACAGCAAAUGUACCCAGGGACAGUCGCCAACCAGCUAACAAUGUACAAGCUAAAAAUGAAAGUGUAUCUAAUUCUAAGAAAAAUGGAAGGCCUCAAGAGAAAAAUGGAAGACCUCAAGAGAAAAUUAAUGAAAUGCAUUUAGAUGUAAGAUCAAAGGUCAUAGAUGAUGAAGUUACUUUUUCUUUCAAGAAACCAACAAGUCCAAAAAGUGAGAAAUAUAUUGAAAGUAUAAGAGAAAGUAGAAAUAGGUCAGAAAGCUGUGAAAAAGUAGCUAAUAAACGAAGGCGAUACAAUUCACCAUCACAUUCCCAUGAACCCACAAGCAGGCAAGAUAAAGAUUCUAAGAAUACUCACAUUAGAUUUGCUGAUGAGGAGAUUACAGGAAAACCUUUCCAGCAUUUUGAUGAAGCAGAUAGUACCACUAGCAGUGGAGACAAGGAGGAGCUGUCCAGUGGCUCAAGUGGAAAGAAAGGGAGUGGGGGGAGCAAGGAGAGAAAAAAAGGCAUAUUAAAGAAAAAGAAGAAAAAUGGAGGUAAAGGAUCACCUCUGGGAUCUCCCAAAAGGUCAAAUAGAAAAGGGCGGGAAGAUAAGGGAGGGGAGGGAGUGUUAGAAAAGGCUGAAAAACUGUGUAGAGAACUCCGAGAAAAGCGGGAAAAGGCAAAACUUGAGAGGGAGAGGAAAAUGAAGUUAGAACAACAAGAAAAGCUGGACAACAUUAAUCAGGAAUUGAAAAACCUGCAAGAUAAGAGUCAGGAAUAUGUUAAAGGACACAUUUUAACAGAAGAAAUGAAGCUACCAGAUGCACCCAGUGCUAAAGAAAAUACAGAAAAAGAAUCUAGUCAUGGUAAAAGUACUAACCUAAGUCAGCCCAACAAAGAAAUUGAGAAAAUAAGGCAGAGCAUUGAGAAAAGUGUACAGAGUGUCAACGAAAUAGAUAAGCUUCAGAGUUCGUUAGGACUGGAAAGAAGUUCUGGAAAGAAAGACAUGAGCAGUAGCACAAAUAAAUCAGUAUCAGUGAAUUCAGAGAAAUCGGGGAAAGAUUCUGUCAGGAAAGAAACCUCGACAAAACCAGACAGUGUUGAAACAAGGAAGCCAGGACUCAGAGAAGAAAUCAGUUCUGCAUCGUCCAAAAAACCUAAAGAAAAGCCAAACACUGAGGCUCUGUUAAAAAUGGUGAAUUCUCCAAGGUCAAGGAAGGAGAGGAAACAGUUGGCUGAAAUGAUAAGGUCUUAUGCUCAGUCUCAGAAGAAGUUGUCAUUGCCUCGGUACAAUCUCCAGUUGUCAGGGAGUUAUGAUGACAAUCUCGAUGGUAGAAUUGAGGAGCUGAGAUUAGAAGAACUGUCCCCUGAAGUACAGAUACAGAUUGCUCAGCUCAUGGAAGCAGAAGCCACCCCUGACCUAAAUGACCUGGAGAUGGCAUUAAUGUCCAGUUCAGAGAAGAGAAAAAGUGGAAGAGGAAAAUCAGGAAAAGAUGAUGGUAUAGCAGUGCCUAAUUCCGUAGCUUCAGCAAGAGAUCAGCAUCAUGGAUUGGAAAGAGUGCUACAGGGCACUUCAAAAGAAAGACAGAGGACACUGUCUACAGACUCUGAUAGAACUGGAACCACAUUGAGAAGGAGAGAAGAUUCAGCACAGCCUUUGAAAUUUAGUGACCUUUCUACAUCUGUUAUGACAAAAACUGAACCCAUGGAUUUGGAGUAUGAGAAAGCAGCUCAAAUACCUUCUAGGAGUCCAGACACAAUGGCUAGUCAUGUGACUUCUACCACAAAUCUUGGGGAGACUGAAAAAUCUAUACAAACACAUAAUGUCUCAGUACCCAGAAUGCCUCAGUUUUCAGAUCAGCUUCCUCGGAGAUCAUCAACACAAAUGGAUGCUGCUCUGCCCAGUCUGUCAGGUUCUUUGUCAUCUCUGGAGAGUGGUCGGUCCACAGAGAGUUUCUUUGACACGGUGUAUGACAUAAGCGUUAAGGAGGAAGCCCUGCGGAAAGACCUGACAGAAGCCGACCAGUUUAUUCAGUAUUUCAGGAAUGUGAUAGAGGAGGCCUCCAUUCAACUGAACCGUUACAAUGAGAAAAAGCUGCGGUUGCAGACUGAGGAAGAGAAGCUCCGUAGCCAGAGACUGAGACUUCUUCAAGAAGCCAGACUCCAGCAGAGAUCUGGGCAGUCAACACCUCAGCUCUCGGAGUUUGAAGACCAACCUAGGGGUCAAGGUCGAGAGGAUACCGGGACGGUCACAAACCCAGGUCACAGUUCUCUGACUCCUGCCCCCAAGGUAUCGUCCAAAAAUGACCCUCACUCAAGUACUUUGUUAAAUGUUUUGAAUCGUAACCAGCGUCUAGAGCCAGAACGCGAUAGACAGGGUUUUGGUUCUUCGUUUGGCACUGCUAACUCCCCAGUUCAAGCUAACCUCAAUCACCCAGCUUCUGAUUCCAUUCUUGCUCAGUUGAGAAAUUUGUCCUCAAGUCUGCAACAGGAAACUAUUUCCAUGGAGACUGAGAAUAAAUUAGAUUUUAGUUUACCCAGGGAUUUGGGUUCUAUUAAAAAGGAACCUGAAGAAUUGUAUAUAAGUCCUGAUAGUGUUACCUCAACUCAGGGAACUCAAGGUGGUAUACCCACCCAGAGCAAAGAUCAACCAGGUAAUAAAGAAGACAGCAGAGUCAAGUUAGGAGCAGUUAGAGGCAGUCCAGACAGUCCUGUACAGAAAACAACAAUCAUGAGUGAGCCAGCAGCAGCUAGAAAAGUGACAGACACUAACUCUCUUCCACCAAAACCUGUAAAAUCAACUAAACCCCCAGUGAACAAAAAGCCAGAGAGUUCUGAUUCAAAGACUAGCACAGAUGUAGCUCACAGUACGGAACUGAGAGAUGCAGGGUUCAUAACUCUGAAUUCCUUGAUCAAAACAUCAAACCUUACAGAGGAUAUAGACUCUGAUGACGAACCUCUGGCAAAUGUGAUGAGGCGACAAAGGCAGGAUUCGUUGAGAUCAGAAGACAGUCAGAAGAGAUGCGAGAGUGACGACAGCGCCAGCGACGGGAAGAAGUUCAACAUGCGAUACAUGGGGACACUGGGUGUGGACAGCAAGGCUUUUCUGACUCAGCUAGGAAAAUGUCAGAGUGGCAGCAAACCUCAGGGCCCUUCUUAUGUGGUUCUGGACAAAGACACAGAUGCUUACCAACAGAUUCAAUCUCUUAUUAAAGGAGGGAAAAACGACAAGGAAAGUUCAGGGACAGCUUCUGCUGCUGUGGAAAAGAAGACGGCAGAUAGAGGGACCAAGAGUCUGCGGGGGGGACAUGUCAGUGAUUCUAAUUACGAAAGUGUGAAUAGUAACUGCUCGCUCGGUGAACAAAUCAAACAGUAUGCAAAUCUGAACAAGAAAGGGGCAAAGAAGAAGUCCGAGGAGAAUGUCGUGGUUGUGAAUUCUGAUUCGGACAGUGAAAGAAGUGAUAGAACGCUUCAGGAGGACCCCGCCCUUCUGAGUGAUAGCUGUACCCCGGUCAGGAUGGUCAAGUCCUGCUCCAGCGGACUACAGAACCUAAACCUAGACUCCAGCCCACAGCUUGCCACAAACCAGCACACUCGCGUCAGAAGGGAAGAGGAGCAGACAGUGCGAUCAGCAGACGAGAGCCGAAGCACAUCACCAUUCAGGAAGAAGUUGAGGACCAAAAAAGAGAGGGACAGAACUUCCUCAAGGAAACAGAAGGAAGACUAUGUCCUAGAUUCCAGCUCUGAUGGAGGACACUCAGUAGAUGAGGAUAGUGUUCCAAAGAUAACGGAAAUUAAACAGCAACUGGUAUUUAAGUCCCUCAGUAAUAUCCCAGCAGCCCUGAGGGCCGAGGGACUAGAUUCUGAGGAGGCGGGGCUCGUAGAGACGGGGUCAGAGGACACAGAUCAGGUGGUUUGUGUCAAGCAGGAAGUGGUGUUAACGGACCCACAGCGCCGCCUACUGGAGGACGUACAGCUGGAAUCGGAGUCGGAGGACAAUCGACAGUUGGCCGUAGAGGCCCGGGAGAGGCUGUCCCUUGACAAAGAAGUGAUGGAGAACUUCAGGAAGGCUGUGGAGAACAUGAAGUCGACCUUGGGCCUGUCUGCUCUUCAGACCCCUGAGGACUUAUUCCUACCCACCGUGAGGGACCCUGUCCAGUUCCCGGGGCCGAAGGAAGUUAUCUCUGGCCUGGAGGUGCAUGAUGGGUCCCUGUAUGUCUCGUACCAAGGCAAAGUCAUCAACAAGUUCAACCUUCAGACUGGUAAGUUGGACUUUGAAUUCAAUACAAUGAGUCACGAUGUGAGCUGUAUCCUGGUGUCCAAGACCACAGACCGACUGUACGUGGGGGCGAAUGAAAUGAUGCUUCUCUCUUAUUGCUGCAAGACUAAGAGGCCAAUUAAGGUUGAACCAACUGAAGGAAAACCACAGUGCUUCCACGAAAACUGGGGAAAUCUCUACAUGGGCACAGACUGUGGAACUGUUGUUGUGAUGUCUUUAAAGAAUGAUAAAGUCCUUGACACAUUCCACUGUGCUGACCGAUCUAUUAGCCGAAUCUGCUCUGCCACAGAGGGUGUUCGAAGAGUGAUUCUGGUGGCCUCCUUUGAUGCUAUUAUCUAUGUGUAUGACAGCAGUACUGGUUUACUGAUCCGAAUGUUGGAGGGUCACACUAGAACUCCCUUCUCCCUGCAGGUUGAUGGUCACCUAGUGUUUAGUGGAUCCGGAGACAAAACUGUGAUGGAACACAAUAUAUCAACAGGUGAGCUGUUGUGGACAUACACAGAGGCUGGGGGAAUUGUGUCGUGUGUCUGUACCCAUGGUGACCAGCUGUUCUGUGCCUCGUAUGACCGACUCAUCCGAUGUUACAACAAAACAAAUCGAAAGUUGCAGCGGCUUUAUUAUGGUGCAGGGGCAGAGGAUGGACUAAUCAUCAGAAUGACAAUCUGUGAUGGAAUGUUAAUCACAGGAAACAGACAAGGGCUGGUGGAGGCGGUGCCAAUCUCACAAGACAACCACACCUGUCAGUGUGGAGACUGUGAUUUUAUUUUUGCUGUGAAAAGCCAUCUCUUAUACCAUGUGGUGCACUGUCAUAUGUUAAACAAUGUCCGGUCUGGAAAAAAGACUUCAUGUCCGUGGAAGAACUGUAAAGACAAAUUUAAAUCUACUGCCACAAAAGAGGAAUUUGAGGAGCAUGUCUCUUUACAUGUCUACUAGAAGUAAUUUUGAGUCUCUCCAUGUCAACAGCAAUGUGAUUGCCUCACGUGAUAUUUCCCUGUCAGACAGUACUGUUAUGGGAUUGUAUACUUCUGUUAACAGCCAAAAUGUAUACUUCUGUUAACAGCCAAAAUGUGCUCAGUCAUUUGUGAUGUCUAGUAUUUUUACAAGCAUUUAUUUUUGGACUUUUUUUUCAAUGCAUGUACAUGUAUGGGUAUACAUGUACUUGUAUUUCACGAUACAUAUUAUAUACAUGUAUAUUGUUUAGAAAGUUUUCUCUUUUGAGGAUAUUUUCGUAAAAUGUUUGUACUGUUUGAUCUGUAUGGGCAUUUAGUUCUGUAACUUUUUGUUCAAGUGGUUUUACAAGAUUUAUCCCUGAAAAAUAUGGACUUGUUGGCACUAAUCAAUAUCUUUUACAUUAAAAAUAUUUUUGAAAAGUCA